CCAAUGAAUCACAGGAACACAACAGAUGUUUCUGAGUUCCUCCUCCAAGGUUUUCCAUUCCAGCCAGAGUUCCAAAGACUCCUCUUCCCUCUCUUCCUUUCCAUCUAUCUGCUCACCUUCCUGGGAAACGUCACAAUCAUCUUGUUAAUCCGCUGUGACAUACAGCUCCUCCAGACUCCCAUGUACUUCCUGCUCAGCCACCUUUCCCUAGCUGACCUUGGUUUCACCUCCACCACCAUCCCCAAGGCAUUAGUUAACCUGCUGUCUCAGAAGAAGACUAUCUCCUACCAUGGUUGUCUGGCCCAGAUGUAUUUCUAUGUGUUUUUUGGCAACUUCGACAUCUUCCUGCUGGCUUCCAUGGCCUACGACCGCUAUGUGGCUAUCUGCUGCCCGCUGCACUAUUCCGCUAUGAUGAGCCACAAACGUUGCCUUCAACUUGCCACGGUGUCCUGGGUUGUCCCCACAAUCCACUCCUUGCUUUAUACAUUUUUGAUGUCCCGUGUCGAAUUCUGUGACCCUGAAGAAAUCCCUCAUUUCUUCUGUGAUGUUUUUCCGCUUUUGUCUGUCUGCUGCUCUGAUACGAGCCUCAUAGGUUUAACAGUGAUGACCGAGGGGGUAGUAGAGGUUCUGACACCAUUUGUGUUCAUUAUUGUCUCAUAUGCCCUCAUCUUCUACUCCAUCAUGAAGAUUCCAUCUGCCACCGGGAAGCGCAAGGCCUUCUCCACGUGCGGGUCCCACAUCUGCGUGGUGCUCAUGUACUUUGGUGGUAUCAGCUUUGUUUAUUUCAAGCCACAUUCCAAGAGCCCAGGCUUCCAGGACACUGUGGCGACCGUGCUGUAUACCAUGGUGAGCCCCAUGCUGAAUCCCUUCAUCUACAGCCUCAGGAACAGCGAGAUGAAGGCGGCCAUGAAGAGGGUUAUUAAGCAACGUUUUCAGUAA